AUGGACUCGAUGAUGGAGCGGGAUUCGGCCAUGGCGUCGUUUGCGUUUCGUGGCUCUCGUGAACCUGUCACGCUGUUGGAGGACUCUUUCUUCCGCGUGCGGCAGUUAGUACCGUCGUUGGUUCCUGCCGUAGUUGAUGCGCUGCGUGCUGAUCCUUACGUGUCGCCCAGCACGGGUGGUAUCGAUAGCGACACGGAAUAUGCUUAUUGUGCAACUACGCAGAAGUGUCAUGUAUGGCGUGCCACAAGUGCAGCUCCCACUUGCUUUGUAUUUCCUGUUCCGAGUAGCUCAUCCGGCGAGAGCUCACCGCCACAUUGUGUUCUUCUGCCUCGCCCAUUAAACGCAAGUGCUGAGCCUGCUGUACUCUUGUGCACAAGCGAUGGUCAGCUGUGCUUUUGGAACGCUGUUAGUGAUGCUUUUACUAUUGAUUCCAACACGAGUUUGGAUGUGUGCGUGCCGCUACAAACGAAUGAACGGAUAACAACCGCAGCUCGCGUUGACAGUAGUCAGGCUUUGCUCGGUACGUCACAUGCACGCCUAUUUAGUGUGCGAGUUUUCAUGCACCGUGGAGAGUACCAGGUGGUGCCAACGGUUUUGAGCGAGUCGCGCGGCCUGCUGGGCCGAUGGUUUGGUGGCAACAGCCACCCGAUUGGAGGUACAGGUACAGAGUGCGCUAUUUCCUCCCUGGUAGUCGGCCCCGCUGGGACAGAUAUGCACUGUCUUGUGCUGGCUGUUAGUGCGCGACAUGUUCAGUUUUGGUGCGUGCCUAUGGCUAUGGGUUCGACUGUACCGGGCACCCCUCGGCUUGUGAACGCAGAUAUGGGAAUCCACCGUACUCUUGCCAGUCGUAUCCUGUAUGCACGUGGCCAACGCUACAGCGCGGCUGAUGCUAUGAGCAUCGAAAUACUUGAUGCAGCAUUUGUUCUGAAUGAGGAAGAGUUUGUGGUGCUCUAUGUGGACCGCAGUGUUCCCUCUACGACGUCUUAUGGUCUCGCACUCAUUGACGUACCCAAAGAACCUGGCACUUCCCUGACUCCUCGUCAGAUAAUCCCCCUGCGUUUCCAGGGCGCAAAUGAUCCUCGACCAGGAGCACGUCCUCGUUUGCACGUUGCAGGCACACAGCCAUCGGUGGCCUUCAUCUCCUUUGGCCGCGCGGUUAUCGUUCAACUCUUGAGCGAUCCGUGUGGUUCUGAUGAGAUACUUCAGCUGCGGCAUGGCGCGGAUCAUAUUCUGGGCUCUUGUGUAGCUGUAUCAGAUUCUGAUGCACGCUGGAAAGCCCUCACUGCGACGAGCGGUAUCUGGAUGGUGGAUUUCCAUGUGCCCUAUGCACAGCAGCAGGCUAUUGAGUACGUGUCUUCAUCGCAUGGCUUGGAGAGACUAACAGCAGUGAACAACCAACAUCUGCUUGCGCGCUGGACGCGCAGACUCGCCACUUGCAAGAGCGCAUCGAGAGCGCGGUUUGGUUCUAUGAUGCUUCACACCCACUCCAACUAG